CCUCUCGCCAUAUGCUGUGCAGGCUUAUGAACCAGUGAACACACAAUGCAAGUGUAAGCGAACGAUUCCAACAUGCACAGAGUAUUGUUAAUGUGCCAAAUAUCACUGUAAAACCCGAUGAGUAAUGGUUGGUGGGUGUGUACACAGUGUCCCUAUCUUGAGCCACGUGCCUUCUCUCGCAAGGAGGGUCUGAUUAAGGAUGCAGGUCGCUGCAUCAUUCGCUGCGUCUCUUCGCUCGCAAUAAAAGGGCGGCUGUACAUCACUGUCGGGAAUCUUGAGACCAACCCGGUCCAGACAACACGUGCGCGUUUGUCAAUCUAGUCACUCGACAACCGAUAGCCACUCAUUCCAUUAGAGGCAUUCACCCAGCCAUCCAGUCAAGAGGUAGCCAGAGAGUUAGUUCUGCGGACAGUGUAGUUGCUACCCGGUCAGUAGAACUGCUACCAGCGGGCAAUUUGCACAUUCAUCUGAGUGGUCACACGCAAAGCCAGAAGAGCCAUGGACGCCACCGAUUUCCAGAUUCGAGGUAAGGAGCUGGUGGACUACAUCACCACGUACCUGCGUGGAGUACGUGAGCGGCCCGUGAACCCAUCCGUGCGACCCGGCUAUCUGCGUCCCCUGCUGCCCGCCGGCCCCCCGCAGCAAGGAGAGCCCUGGGAGAGAAUCUUUGAGGACGUGGAGCGGCUCAUCAUGCCUGGGAUCGUGCACUGGCAGAGCCCACACAUGCACGGGUAUUACCCGGGACUCAACUCGUACCCCUCGCUCUUGGGAGACAUGCUCGCUAAUGCGAUCAACUCCAUCGGCUUCACAUGGGCGUCGAGCCCGGCCAGCACGGAGCUGGAAUUGGUGAUGACGGACUGGCUGGCGACCAUGCUGUCCCUGCCCGACACCUUCCGGCACGACCACCCAGAGGGACGCGGUGGCGGAGUCAUUCAGACCACGGUGAGCGAAUCCAACCUGCUGGCGCUGCUGGCGGCACGGACGCGCGCUCUCGCCCGCCUGCGCGGAGACGCGUGCGUGGACGUGGGACAGGACGCGCUCCUCAACGCGCGCCUCGUGGCGUACACCUCCGACCAGGCUCACUCGUCGGUGCUGAAGGCGAGCCUUGUGUCGCUGGUGAGGCUGCGCUCGCUGUCCACGGACUUGGAGUUCUCGCUGCGCGGGGAGACGCUCCGACGCGCCGUGGAGGAGGACAGAGCACAGGGCCUCGUCCCGUUCUUCGUGUCUGUGACCCUCGGCACCACGGGCUUGUGCGCCUUCGACAACCUGGCCGAGCUGGGUCCAAUUUGCCGCCAGGAGGGGCUGUGGCUGCACGUGGACGCGGCGUACGCGGGCACUGCAUUCCUGUGUCCCGAGCUGCGUGACCCCCUGCGCGGGGUCGAGUUCGCCGACUCGUUCGUGGUCAACCCGUCCAAGUGGAUGAUGGUCAACCUGGACAGCGCCGUCUUUUGGGUGGCGGACAAGUUUAGCCUGCAGAAGACGUUCAGCGUGGAGCCUCUGUACCUCCAGCAUGCGCACUCCAACUCGGUCACAGAUCUCAUGCGCUGGCAGAUCCCACUGAGCUGUCGCUUUCGCGCACUCAAGAUCUGGUUCGUCCUUCGAUCGUUCGGCGUCGGCGGACUGCAGGAGCAUGUGCGCAGGGGAGUUCAACUCGCAAGGUUUUUUGAGAACCUCGUGCGUGAAGAUCCACGCUUUGAGGUUCCAGUAAAGAGGCACCUGGGACUUGUGGUCUUCCGUCUUCGGGGCCCGAACGAGCUGACAAAUGAGCUCCUGGUGCGACUCAAUGCAUCGGGGCAGCUAUUCGUGGUGCCAGCCAUGGCUGGAGACAAGUUAAUCAUCCGCUUCACCAUCACGUCCCAGUUCACCACCGAGACGGACCUGCUGCAGGACUGGAGCCUCGUGUCGCAGGCUGCAUUAGGCCUGCUGCAGGGCCCGACACCAGAGAGCGGUGUGUGGCUCAGCGUAACAGACCGAUCUUCAUCACCCAUGGAGGGCUCCACCUCCCAAUCACUGCCAUCGUCACCACAGGGAGAUGAGGACGAGCAGUCGGACGAGUGCGCUGAUGCGACCGCCAUAGACCCAUCCGAGCUGGCUAUUGGCACACCGGCAGAGGCCAGCUUCCAGAUGCAAGCAAUUGUGGUGGAAGCACUGAUCAAAGAUGAUGGAGAAUACAGUAAUGGGGAGGAGGAGGGGAAGGAGAAUGGGCAGGAGGAGUCUGCUUCACUCGAUAAUUUUAUACUUGGCCACCAUGGAGAGGUCACGACCCCUCGCGAGAGAAAGGGGCGACACCAGUUUCACAGCCACCACUGCUCGCCUUCCUGCAGUCUCCCCGGUGUCACGUGCUUCUACUGCCGCCUUGUCAAUCGUGAACUGGCGCAGCUUUGAGGUCGAGGGCGGGCUUGGUUCAUCGGAAAGAUGUUGUUGUUGUCGUCGUGACCAAGUGAGAUGUAAUGAACCAAUGAAAGCUGAUCAUUUGACGAGUUUAGUCCUAUGUAGGAUUUAUAUGGCAAUUAUAUUGAAGAGUGAAUCCGCAACAUUUACAGUUUGAGUACACCGUUUCGCUGGUAAUUACAUCCAGCAUCAUUG